AUUAAUCUGACACUGAAAACGCGACACCAAGCACUGCCAUUAUCAGAUUAUUCAGACCAAUCGAUAAUCAGACUAUUUUGUAUGUGCAUUUUGCAGGUGCAGGUGUACUCUGUACGUUAACACUUACCUGAGCAGCACGAAGUGCAUUAUGCCUUUUUACGGCAACGGGAGCGGGAAGUCACGCGCUGGAACGCCGUGGACGUUCUCGUCGACGGCGGGCUGCUGCAGCACGGCGACGUCAUUAACGUGGCGGAAGGUUGUCUGAUUGUCGACUUUCACUGCGCUUCCCAGUGGGCAGAGUUUGUCGAAUGCGAACGGGCUUUUCACUUCCCAUUUAAACAGGCCGUCUGCGAACCGCGGGAUGUGCAGGUGCUGCAGCGCCGCUACCCGGACGGUGCCUGGAUCUGGUACCCGGGACGGACUGAAGAGUUCAGCUGCCAGGACGUGGAACUGGUGCAAGUGCAGUUGCCCGAAGGCCCCGUCAAACAACUGGUCCCCCUCGCUCAGAUACGCCCCGCGCCUUCCCCCGCGGAUUUCCAGAAGCACCGCGUGCAGAAGGACGAUUUUGUGGUCCGCUGUUGCUCGUUGCCCGCCACCUGCCAAUUCGAUGAAUUCCCGCUACUUGAUAAGGUCUUCGAAUGUAAUUUGCACGAACUGCUGCGUGUGUUGUGCACAUUCCCGCCCAGCAGGACGCUUUUCUAUCUGCAACGGGAGACGUCGCUUCCAUUAACAUGGGUGCAAGUGGAACGCGUAUACGGCAUGGCGCGCAGAGAGUGGGAGAGUGGCCGAUCGGACAUCCAGCGGCUGCUGCAUAAGCAGACUAGUGCACCUUAUGAACCGCCAGAGAUUUCGGACGAUAUGAUGCCUCUGUCGUUGCCGGCAGAGCUAUUGAUCGAGGUCUUCCGCUCGCUGGACUCUGUCGGCCGUAUUCGGUGCCGACGGGUGUGUCCCCUGUGGGACGGUAUUCUCACCACGGAAGCCAACUUCCCCGAUGUGCAGGUGUCCUUCGGCCAUCCGGAUUAUGGCGUUCUCAACUUUGCGCAUCACGGAAUGUACUGGAUGGCAGUUUGUUUGAGGAAAUGUCUCAGCAGCCGCACCAAGGUGGCGAUUAUUAUGGAUAUCGGCGGAGAGCGUUGCGAGCAGGUGUCCGCUCUGCUCGAUAUGAUCCUCACACCAGCCAGGCUACCGAUAUUGCUUUUCGACAAUUGCGAUUGGAGCGCGGCGUAUGCUGCUGUUGGUGGUGUUGUGGACAGCGUGGCUCAGACGUUCCGCAAGUCGGGAUGCAACAAAGUGGUGUGGAAGAGAUGCGAGAUGGCUGAUCGCCUUUUGAAGGCACGUGUAGCGCGACAUACAUUUAGUGCCGCAUCGAGCGGUGAACUGGAGAGUGAGCUGUGGGAUUUGUUUGAGAAGAACCUCGUUUUGACGAAGCCGGUAGACCGGACGACCCUGUCGACCUCCGUUGCCGACUGCCUGGCUGGUCGGUCCACUGCGCUGACGGCAGGACAAAUUGUGGAGGCUCUGAAUAAGUACCAGCGUGUGGAUCCGCGCCCGUCCACGCCGUAUCGUCACCGGGAAUGGACGGAGGCGAGCAUCGGCGAUUUGGAUCCGAGUCGGCUGACCACGCUGACGGCAGCGGUCUUGAGCAAAAGCAUCGACUCCGCUGCUUCUUCGGCUGAUGGCCAAACGACGGCCCGCGGUCCAGGUGAUGCGGCUCCGCGUUAGAUUAACAGCGACGAUGUUGGAUUCCUGUACGCGGCAGCGCUUCUUCAUGGAAUACCUAAACUUCGGAUGGUCAUGGAAUCAUUGGAAUGAAAAUCAAAAUGGAAUGGUCUUCGUUAGUGAUGGACUAGUUGUAUUUGCUUACCAUGCCAAUUCCCCUUUGCUCCGUUCGUUGUUCUAAUCGGGUUAAGUGAAUUCAGUUUGUUUCAUCAGCUUUGCUGAAAUUCCCUGACACUGGUCAUUUGGUAUCGCUGUUAGUAUGUCCAUGUGCAAGGUUGCUCACGUUUUCUUGACCUGCUAAACAGCUCCAUGCUCAGCAGGUUAAAAGUCCCUGCUAAACUUUCGGCUCAUCCUCAUGUGCUCUG